AUGGCUACUGAAACUUGCUAUACAAUCAUUCAUCAAGAUGACAGCUUGGAUCAACCUUCACUUCAGGAGCUCAAGACAGCACUGGAGAAAGGUUCAGAGGAAGCCAAAAUUGAUACCAUGAAAAAAAUUUUGGUUACGAUGCUCAAUGGAGAUCCACUUCCACAACUUCUUAUGCAUGUAAUUCGUUUUGUGAUGCCUUCGAAAAAUAAGACUUUGAAAAAAUUACUUCAUUUCUACUGGGAAAUCUGUCCAAAAACGAAUCCUGAUGGGAAGCUUAAACAAGAAAUGAUUCUGGCCCAUUUCACUGGUCAUGUCGUUAUCAAUAUUUUGGUAAAUGAACGAAAUUUUCAUGCAUGUUAUAAUUUGUUUAGUAAUGCGUUGAGGAACGAUCUUCAACAUCCAAAUGAGUAUAUAAGAGGCGCAACACUUCGUUUCCUUUGCAAGUUGCGUGAACCAGAAUUAUUAGAGCCGUUGUUGCCAUCAUGUAGAUCUUGUUUGGAACAUCGACACUCUUAUGUCCGAAAAAACGCAGUUUUUGCAAUUUACACCAUAUAUAAACAUUUUGAGUAUCUUAUCCCUGAUGCCCCGGAGUUGAUUCAAAGUUUUUUAGCAGCAGAAGCCGAUCAAACCUGCAAGCGAAACGCCUUUGUUAUGCUUUGCAAUACGAACCAGUUGCGUGCCGUUGAAUAUCUUAAUGACGUUUUCGAUCAA